AUGCCUAAACUUAUCUUUCCUGUAUUAAAUAAAACACGUUUUAAACUUCCAUUCGAUUUUGUUCAUGGAGUAAAUCAAUCAGUUCGAGUCCUUGAUUUUCAAGUUUAUGAAUAUCUUCAACCAGAUUAUGAACAUGGACAAUUUCCGCCACCAGGUUCAACCGUUUAUCCAGAUAUUGACAAAGAAAAUAAUUUUGUAAGAUCAACAGCUCCUUAUGCUUGUUAUCUUCAAAUUCUAACAACAGACAAUGAAUUUUUUGUUGGAAUGAGUGGUUCAACUUUUGUCCCAUCAAAUAAGUUUAAAUUAAAUCUUGAGAAUUUUAAAAAGAAUGAACUCAAUGAAACUGGAUACUAUCCCACAAUUGGAUAUGGAGCAGUUGCUAUUAAAAACUUAAAUUUCACAUCAUUUUUUGAUCCUAAUGUCGUUCCAGCAAAUUUUGUUAACGCUACCCUUGAAUAUGAAAUCAGUUUUCCACCAUGUGGAUAUUGGCACACGUAUGAUAUUAUUGUGAUCUCAAAAUCAAUUGAGAGUUUUAGAAAACCACGUGAUGUUACUUUUCUUUACAUACUUGAUAAAAAGACAAACCAUGUCUUUAAAAUAUCUGAUACAACAAUAUUUGGAAAAGCAAUAAUGAACUUGUAUUCCUUAGAAGAUGAAUUAUUGAAAUAUAAGAGUUGGAUUUCAUAUGGUUUUAAUUUGGAUCAAUAUUUUGCAAAAGAAACAGAUAAAAAUAAAGCAAUUUUACCAAAUUUCUCUGAUGAACCACAUUACGUUUUAAGAUAUUUGUAUGAUGAAGCUAAAGAAAUAGAUAAAGAACAUGAAGGGGAAAAAAAUUAUAAAAAAUUUCCACAACCUGUUCCAGAAGGUCUUCCAGAAAAAGGAUUUUAUUUACUUCUUGAACUUGAAUGGGAUAAUUUAGAUGACCAAAUUAUUAAAAUGAAUGAUAUAAUUAAAGAGUGGGAAAAUUUAUCAGAGUUUCUUUAA